AUGUCCCACUUAAAGGAUCUCAAAGACAACUUCCACAGUGACACAGUCCUUUCCAUCCUUAAUGAACAACGCAAUCGGGGUGUUUUAUGUGAUGUUACUAUAAUUGUGGAAGACACCAAAUUUAAAGCCCACAGCAACGUCUUGGCUGCUUCAAGCCUUUAUUUCAAAAAUAUAUUUUUGAGUCGUGCUGCAUGUAUUUCUGGACAUGUACUAGAGCUAAACGACCUCAAGGCUGAAGUGUUCACAGAAAUACUCAAUUAUAUCUACAGUUCCACUGUAGUUGUUAAAAAGCAGGAGACUGUCCUAGACCUUGCAGCUGCAGGGAAAAAACUGGGAAUAUCCUUUCUAGAAGAUCUUAUGGAAAAAGGGCCUUCAAAUUCUCCUUGCCCAUAUUCAUUUUGCAAUAGUGAAAAGGGCGAAGUAAAAGAAGAAAAAAGACAAGACGAUUCAGCUAUCACAAAUGGACCAAGAAUCACAAAUGCAUACUCAAUUUUUGAGACAGAAAAUAGUAAUAAUUUGUUUUCUCCUCUUGAUCUGAGAGCAAGUUUUAAAAAAAAUCCAGAAGUAAAUAAAGCACCCAGCAAUGGUCAGGAUAGGAAUGGGACUUGCAAAGAUGUGGAACCAGCCAGCACAUUAGCGGAACAUUCCUAUGCUGUUACUACAGGUUUUGAUUCUUUUCAACGAAAUUCCUUUUAUAACAAUGAAAAUAGCGCCGCUUGUAAAAUGGGUGAAGAAGAACCUGAAGCUGUCCAGUCAAUGCCUCUGGCUGAAUCCGUAAUUCAAACAUAUAGUAUGCCAAAGGCUACUUAUAACUCCCAUGACAGUGAAGUACCUGCAGCAAAGGGAUCAAACCACAAAGGAACCAGUGCGGAAGGUCACCACAAAGCAGUAAACGAUCACACAAUUUCUUUUGAUAAAUCCCACCCAAAUACCGUCCUCCCUUCGAAGGAAGAUGAAAAUAAAUCAGAUCACAUUUCUGGAUCAGUAGUCACAGUCAUUCCACGUGUCUAUGACUGUUGCACCAAACCACUUAAUGAUGGGACUCAGUUCUGCACUCAUCUUCAACUUCACCCACAGCCCCAAGAACCUUUAGUCUGCAGGUACUGCAGCAAACAAUUUGAAAGUGCUACUGGACUAGAGACACAUGAGCAAGUAUGCAGGGAAUUGGGCAGCUUGUGUGCUCCAAGUGAAAAUGAGCAGAGUUGUUUAGAUAAUUUUGCAACUUCUAAUGGGAAAACUGGCACCUCAUAUGUGAACCUAGAGCCUGCAAUGACAGAAAAUAAUCUACCUGAUUAUUCUGUCACAAACUCCACCAUGCCAGAAACGGACCACUUUGUUAACGUCGUUGAUGGACAAAUACUUUAUACUUGCAAUGUCUGCAAACGGACCUAUGUCACCUUGUCUAGCCUCCGAAGACAUUCAAAUGUUCAUUCGUGGAGAAGGACUUACCCUUGCCAUUACUGCAACAAAGUAUUUGCAUUGGCAGAAUACCGUACCAGACACGAAAUCUGGCACACAGGAGAAAGGCGGUAUCAGUGUAUCUUCUGCCUUGAGACCUUUAUGACAUAUUACAUACUGAAAAACCACCAGAAAUCUUUCCAUGCAAUUGACCAUCGGCUUGGAGUUAAUAAGAAAACGGCUAAUGGCGGCUUGAAGCCAAGUGUAUAUCCUUACAAACUUUAUAGGCUUUUGCCUAUGAAAUGCAAAAGAGCGCCGUAUAAAAGUUAUGGAAACUCACCAUAUGAAAGUGUGCAAGCAAAUGUGCAAGUUAAUGAAAUACCUUCUAGUACCUGCAUCAUUCAGAAUACUGUCACUUCUGAAUUGAAUUUUUCAAACACAAGUGUCUCCUUGGAAACAUCUUCAUGUAGUGAUGCAAGGGCAGCACCUGUGAACCCUCCAAAUAGUUCUUCCUGGGAAUGUGGUACAUCAGAAUCAGACCUUAAAAAUAAUACUUAUACUACAGAAAGGCCAUUGCCUUUCACAGAACUUAACUCUGGUCCUCAGGAAUAUGAUUACUCUCUUCAAACGUUUAGUAGUAGCAAUGUCAAUGAAAAUCCAACCUCUGUUAUUAACUACAAUAAUUCAGCAUCCCCUGUAAUAGUGCACCAGGGUAGAGUUUCAUCUGUAAUAAUGCACAGUAACUCUGUCAAUGCAAUAGGAAGCAGCAUUAUAGCAACCCCAGAUACUACGGCCAGCCAAGGGGCAAGCAAUGACCACAUACAUGGGUCAGAUGAUCUCAAAAGCAAUGGUAGGACAAGAAGCAAUAAGGAAAAGAAAAAAGUACCGCUGUAUGACAAAGAAGAGACAUCGGAGGAAUUAAAAUAUAUGACAAAUACAGAAAUCUCUGACAGACCCACUGGUAUCUUUGAACCUUCAAGUAAGACUGAAACCUACAUUGCAAAACCUGCAUUGCCAGGAACAUCUGCCGAUAGCAAUGUGGCUCCUCUGUGUCAAAUAACAGUUAAAAUUGGGAAUGAAGCCAUUGUGAAAAGACAAAUUUUGGGGUCAAAAUUGUUUUACAAAAAAGGAAGGAGACCUAAAUAUGAAUCCAGAGAAGAUCAUGCAACUCAGGCUGCAGAACGAGAAAAGCGAGAGAGAAGUACACCUCGAGUUUGUCGACCAGACUACAUUGAACUCAAUGAAAUGUGUGAUGAUGUAAGCGACCAUGACUCCAAUGAUAAACCGUGGCGCCCAUAUUACAAUUACAAACCAAAAAAGAAAUCUAAACAACUAAGGAAAAUGAGAAAGGCAAAAUGGAGAGAGAAGUACAAAAGCAGAAAUUCCUACAGAGAAAGUGAAAAGCCAUGCGUCACAAGUUAUGCACUUAGGAACAUUCCUGAAGAAAAGGUCCCUAAUCAGGAAGAUGAUGGCGGAAUGCCGAGUCUUCCCUGUGAACUCUGUAAAAGAGAGAGCUCUUCUACUGAAGGAGCCAAUGAACAUUUACACUGGGAGAGAACUGCUUCUGGGUCCUAUAUUUGUGAGGUAUGCCAAAAGGGGUUCCAGAGCCCAUCUGCUCUAAGGAUGCAUAUGCGAUGUCAUACAGGAGAGAAGCCCUACCCUUGCAAAACCUGUGGGAAGAGGUUUUCAGUAGCAGGAAACUUGCAGAAGCAUGAACACACCCACUCAAAGGUCAAGGAGUUUGUCUGUCAGUACUGCAACAAGGCAUUCACUCUAAAUGAAACACUCAAAAUACAUGAGCGAAUCCACACAGGUGAAAAGCGCUACCACUGUCAGUUUUGCUUCCAGAGCUUCUUGUACCUUUCUACCAAAAAGAAUCAUGAGCAAAAGCAUAAACGUGAGCAUAGCGGGAAGGGAUAUGCCUGUUUUCAGUGCCCAAAAGUUUGCAAGACAGCUGCAGCCCUUGGAAUGCACCAGAAGAAACAUUUGUUCAAAAGCUCCAAGCAAGAGGAUAGAAAAGAUUAUCCAUUUCAUGAAAGCACUAAGCCAUUUGCAAGUCAACACUUCAUUGACUCAGAUGGGCAGGAAACAGCUAAACCUUUACUAAGUCAAAAUGCAAUUGAUGCAGAUGGGCAUGAGGCAACUAGCAUUCAGAAUUAUGCAUCAGAUGUUGGACUUUGA